UGACUGACUGUUCACAAUGUUUUACAUUGUGUUAUCUCUCUAGGCACACGAGGAGGGCCCCAUGCAACCCCAGAACAUCACAUGGGUGUCAGAGUUUAUUCUCUUAGGUUUCCCACAGACUCAAGAACUCCAGAAACUCCUAUUUGUGGUGUUUCUGUGUGUCUACAUCACUACUGUGGUUGGAAACAUUCUUAUCAUGGUUACUGUGACCUUUGACCCAAGGCUAGACAUGCCUAUGUAUUUUCUGCUUCGAAACCUGGCCAUCAUAGACCUCAGUUACUCUACAGUCACCUCCCCCAAGAUGCUGGUGGACUUCUUUCAUGAGACCAAGUCCAUCUCCUACCAGGGCUGCAUGGCACAGAUAUUCUUCUUCCAUCUCCUGGGUGGUGGGACGGUCUUCUUCCUCUCUGUGAUGGCCUAUGACCGAUACAUAGCCAUCUCCCGGCCCCUCCACUACGUCUCCAUCAUGAACACCAGGCUGUGCGUGGGGCUGGUGGUGGCUGCCUGGGUAGGAGGCUUUGCCCAUUCCAUUGUCCAGCUGUCUCUGAUGCUUCCAUUGCCCUUCUGUGGCCCCAAUGUCCUGGAUAACUUCUACUGUGAUGUCCCCCAAGUGCUGAGACUGGCCUGCACAGACACCUCCCUCCUGGAGCUCCUCAUGAUCUCCAACAGUGGGAUGCUGGUCCUCAUCUGGUUCCUCCUCCUUCUGAUCUCCUACACUGUCAUCCUGGUGAUGCUGAGGUCACACUCAGGGCAGGCGAGGAGGAAGGCGGCCUCCACCUGCACCACCCACAUCAUCGUGGUGUCUAUGAUCUUCAUUCCCUGCAUCUAUAUCUACUCCAGGCCCUUCAGUCCCUAUCCCUUGGACAAAGCCGUGUCCAUCAGCUACACGGUCUUGACCCCUAUGUUAAACCCCAUGAUCUACACACUCAGGAACCAGGAGAUGCAGGCAGCCAUGAAGAGACUAGCAAAGCACGUAGUGCUUAGUAGAAGAGAUGAGCUCUAAACAGAUUGUCUCCCAAGGGCAGGAUUCUCUGGACUUG